GAAUGUGCAUUUUGGGCAUUUUAUUUUAUUUGGUAGAACUACCGUAAGCUUGAUACAGUUUGUAAGCCUAUGAAAUUCAUCAGUGUAGCAAGUCAUUUAUCUUGUCUUCAGGUACUUCAUGGUGAACAGUAUUUGGAGUUGUAUCGACCAUUACAACCAAAUGCAACCCUGAAGAGUAACAUUGUUGUUGCUGAUGUUUUGGACAAGAAAUCAGGCGCUCUUAUCAUCGUUAAUAUUACCACUUCUGAUGAAAAGGGUAAUUAAUCCGUAAUUUAUGCUGUGCUUAUUUAUUAGCCAGUCCUAUAUUAUCUGUGACUUUAUCUUACUUAUCUUACUUAUCAAUAUGUACCACACACUGUAUCUUACUUUACUUUACUUUACCAUUACUAGUUUUUUAACUACAGUAUGCUCACCUUACUACAUCAUAUGCAUUCCAAUUUUACUGCCAUACACCAUGCAAUAUACUGUAGCAUGCAAUACCAUACCAUAUUAUACUACAUACCACACCAUUUUGAACCACCAUAUGCAAUACCAUACCUCUGCCCUUAUUAUGCCUUACCAUGUACCAAAGUAUUUAUGGUGCUUUACCUAAUUGCCAUAGUGUAGCAUGGCACGUCAUACCAUACCAUUCAGUGUUUUACUGUACCAUUCCAUUGCCAUACAAUACUGUAUUACAUCAUACCUUAUCAUAACAUAAAAUACAGAUGAAUUAAGGCGUUGUAUGAACGUGGUACAAACGUUGAAUAAGGUGUGGUAUGACGUGAUAUGGUAUGGUAUGAUAUGAUGUGGUGGUUAACUGGCUUUUGUUGGUAGAGAUGCAACUACCUCCUAAAAAAUAUAAACUAAGAGAAUUUUGACGUUUUGAGCGAAGGCUUUUUGUCUGGAGUUACUAGUGCGAAUCCAGACGAAGGGCCUUCACUCGAAACAUCGAAAUUCUCCUCAUAUUUUUUAGGUUAGUGUUGCAUCCCUACCAAUGAAAGCCUGAUAUUAAUAUUAUUGGCACUACCUACACUGGCACAGACAGUUCAAGAUAAGAUUAUGCACUUCAACCCUCCUGCCUUUUAUACCCAACCAUUUUGCAAAUUAAUCUGAGUAGUAGCCCGAGUAGGCCCUUUAGAAUCCAAGGGACAUUAAAUUAAUUCGCGUACUUACGUACCGGAGGUACGCCAAUAUUACAGUCUGGUACUUCUUUGUUUUUAGCCACGUACCACGUAGGUACGCGGAACUCUUGCUAUCUGCGUACUUAUUUUUUUGCUGGUACCACAUGACUUUUCCAAGUCCAAGGUAUUCAAUACCGUAAUUUAGUUGGUAUAUCAUGUGUCUGAGAUGUCUUGGCAUGAAACAUGAUUGCACUGAUGGCACUAAGAAACGUUGGAGUCGGUUGUUUGAAAUAGCAAAACUCCGUUUUUAAAUAGCAAAACACCCUUUUCAAAUAGCAAAACACCCAUUUCAAAUAGCAAAACUGCCAGUCUUCAAAUAGCAAAACUCCCUUUUCAAAUAGCAAAACUCCUUUUUCAAAUAGCAAAACACCCUUUUCAAAUAGCAAAACACCCUUUUCAAAUAGCAAAACUCCCCUUUCAAAUAGCAAAACUCCCUUUUCAAAUAGCAAAACAUCCUUUUCAAAUAGCAAAACAUCCUUUUCAAAUAGCAAAACUCCCUUUUCAAAUAGAAAAACUCCGUUUGCUAUCUUGUAGUCCGAACAUACUUUUCAGAAAUCUGUACUUUAUGAAUCUUAUUUUUAAAGACUAAGUACAUGCACAUUGAGCAUUGAGUAUUGAGUUUGUUCUAGCGCAAGAACGCGGCAACAACCAUUGGCGUACCAGUCCGGUACGACUAGAAAUCUUGAAUGAUCGCACCCUGAUUAAAUUAAACAUUUUUUCCAAGGCUGCCCUUAAGAUCACAAUUGGAUCUUUAAUUCACUUCUGUUUUCAGGUCCUGUCUGUUUUAGUCAAUUUGCUAUAUUCUGUGUUGGAAGCGGUGGAUUUGGUGGCAAGACUCAUUCAAAUGAGUUGAAACCAUUGGCAGCCACGCCAAGCAGAGCUCCUGAUGUUGUGGAAGUUGAAAAAACAGGCAAUAGUCAGGCAGCACUGUAUCGACUUGCUGGAGACCUGAAUCCGCUCCAUAUCGAUCCAAGUUUUGCUGCCAUGGGAGGUUUGUCAAACAGUUUUAAUAUUUUUACAACGCUGUAAAGCCCUGGGCAAACUAGGAAACAUUGUUGCGGAAACAUUGUUUCCUACCAAUGUUUUGCCAUGUUUCCCAGAGUGGGCAAACACUAGAAAACAUUGGUGAGAAACAUAGGGAAACAUCAAAUGUUUCUGAAGUUGGUAGGAAACAUUUUUGCUUCCUGGGAAGCAAAUUUUGUUUCCGCAACAAUGUUUCCACGGGUGGGCAAACAUUGAAACAUUUGAGGAAACAUCGAGAAUCACAAAUGUUUCCGCAACAAUGUUUCCUAGUUUGCCCUGGGCUUAAGUCUGUUGAAUUGAAGAUGAGAGUUGACAACAGCUGCUGGCGAGUGUUCCAACUCUCGCUUGCAUUUGCGAGCUGGCUCGUUUAUCUUCUUGUUGUUUCAUAUAGGGAGUAUCCUUGUUAUGUUCUUAUCAUGUUUUGUAUUAUAAAUGUUCACUCAUUUCCACGACCCUCGUGGAAACCAGUUGAUAGUUGUUGAGACUAGCGUGUUAAAAAUAAGGUUUCUAUGUACUGUAUGAUUGUGUGAUGUGUCCGUAAUAGUAGUGUGUCCACAUUUUACUACAAUCUACUGUAAGAGAUGUUUGUGAUGUUACUCUGAGUGUAUAUCCACACCGGGCAAGCUUGAAAAAUAUGCCUGGCUACGGUGGGAAUCGAACCUACCGACUUUUGGAAUACUAACCCCAAUGCUCUGCCAACUGAGCUACGCGGUCAGGUCGGUUCGAGUAUGUAAUAUUUCCGACCUGACCGCGUAGCUCAGUUGGCAGAGCAUUGGGCUAGCAUUUCAAAGGCCGUGGGUUCGAUUCCCACCGUGGCCGGGCAUAUUUUUCAAGCUUGCCUGGUGUGGAUAUACACUCAGAGUAACAUCACAAACAUUAUAUUUACCUGAGUACAUAACACCAACACAGAAAAGAAAAAGAUCAUGAAUCUAAGAGAUUCUACACCAAACUAUAGGUUUCAAAUCUCCAAUCCUUCAUGGCCUGUGCUCAGUGGGUAUCGCUACACGAGCCGUACUGAAGCACUUCUGUGACAACGACGUCCGCAAAUUCAAGGCAAUCAAAGCACGAUUCUCCAAACCAGUUAUCCCGGGUCAGAGCAUCCGUACGGAGAUGUGGAAAGAAGGAAACCGGGUGUUGCUACAGUGUAAGGUCGUUGAAACAGGCGAUGUUUUAUUAUCUAGAGCGUAUAUUGAACUGCAUGGUAAUGUGGUGUUACCAAACAAGGUAAUUCAAUGAGGUUAUAUACAGUAUUAACCAAAGUUAAUAGCUAGUGAACCUUAUGUGGUUCUGAAGUUGGGUGCCGCUGUUGAGGUGUGCUUUGCAUGCGCCACUUGCGCAACAUACUGUAUGGUCAUUAGCUGUGUGGCAAGCAAAUUGUGGAGGAGGGGCUAAACUAAAAAAUGUGAACAUCCUCCAUCCCACCCUUUAUUAAAUAGGUAUACGGAUUGUUAUCAUUAUUUUUUACCACCAUUUGUAAUGGUGUGAUGGGUGCAAGCUGCCUGAGUGUGGUUGGCAGUUCAAGAUACCACUUGCAUGGAUCUUUCCUUAAUCGAAGUACCACCGCUUCCAAAUUGAUAAGUAUGGUGUUCAAAUAUAUUGUGGCUGUUUCUAUACGGUGAAUGUAGAUAUGUUGUAACGAAUCGGUCAUUGACUUGGACUCUAGUCAGCUCGAGUCGCUACUCUCCUAUCCGAGUUCGCGUUAUCAAUUUUUCGUCUUCCCAUGAAUUUCCACUGCAGCGGAAAUUCCAUACAAUUCCUCAAUUCAAAUUAAAAACGCCGUGACUCGCUCCCAGAAUGUCCAAACAUCAUGGCAUUUGCGGUAUAGUCGUAUACACUAAUUUGAGCAUGGCGAUUUCAAUCCUGAGGUCCAUUUUUGGCAAAGCGGAUCUGUAGAUGGUGAGAUGAAAUAUCAUGAAAAAUUGAUGAUGUCAUCUCGGAUCGGAGAAUUGCUUAUGUACUUCUGAACCAUUUUAUCUCAAUAACUGUAUGUGCAUGUUUUUCACUUCCGCAGAGUCCCAAACCUAGUGCUGCUGCUCAACCCGCUACCACAUCUGCACUCCAGAGCGACGCUUUAUUCCAACUAAUGUCAGAUCAGCUUCCCAACUACCCCGACUUGCCGAAGAAGAUCAAAGCUUCGUUCCUAUGGCGGCUGACAAAAGGCGGGAAAGUCGUCUCGGAGUGGACCACCGACUUUACGAAAGAGCGGGGUUCGGUGACGCACGGAAAGCCUUCGGGAAAGCCGAGCUGUACCAUUACGAUUGCGGACGAAGAUUUUAUGAGGAUAGCGAUGGGGGAGACCAAUCCUCAGAAGCUGUUCAUGAGAGGUAAAGGGAAAAUUGCUGGGAAUAUCAUGUUGGCACAGAAAUUGCAGACUUUGUUGAAGGAAUUUGAUUUGAAAAAGGUAUGGCAAUCUUCUCAAUUUUACGUUUUGUUGACUUGUUAUAAUUACAUAAUGGUUCGUAUCUUACGUUUGUUACCUUUACCUUGUCUUGCGCUGCCUUGCCUUACCCUAUCAUACCAUACCAUGUACCAUACCAUGUACCAUACCAUGUACCAUACCAUGUACCAUACCAUGUACCAUACCAUGUACCAUACCAUGUACCAUACCAUGUACCAUACCAUGUACCAUACCAUGUACCAUACCAUGUACCAUACCAUGUGCCAUACCAUGUACCAUACCAUUUCUUUAUUUUCUUAUACCAUAUUGUACUAUACUAUCACACCAUGUCAUACUAACCAAACCAUGCCAUACCAUACCGUACCGUACCGUACCAUACUACUGUAUAGAAUAUCAUAUCAUACCUUGUGAAACUCACUAAUAAUUCCUGAAGAGAACACAAAAUAAAUCAUGAGCCAGAAAGAUUUUGUAACUCUGACACAAAAUCAUGCUGAUUUACAUACUGUAAACUUUAAGUUUAAUUUUCUCACCAAAUAUCAUCCAUUUAUAUAAAUUGUUGAAGAGUACGAUCGAAUGUUCUCAUCAAGACGUUUCACAAGCCGAGUAUCGUCGUGUUGUAUCGGAUUUAUAAUCUGUUGUGAAUACUGAAUAGUACAUGCCAUACGAUUCCAUGCCACACUACAGUAUACCAUGCUACACUAUAUCAUGCCAUACAAUACACCAUAACAUACACCGUACCAUGUAUUUAAACCAUUUCUUACGUCCAUGUCAUUGGCUGGUAGGUCAUUCUUGGCUAAUUUGUUAACCUACUCUUACAGAAGAUGGCUAAAGCUAAUAAAAAACCCACAAAUGCCCCAGCGAAAACCCCUCCUAGUGGAAACCCGAACCUCAAAGCCCACGCCAUUUUCACAGAGCUGGGCACCCGCCUCGCUUCCAUGCCCCACCUAACCAAAAAAAUCAAAGCCACGUUCCUAUGGAAUAUAACAAAAGAUGGCAAAACCGCUGGCCAAUGGUUUAUCGACCUAAAGACUGGCACUGGAUCCAUCACCGCGGGCGCACCGGCGGGAAAACCAGAUUGUACGAUAACCGUAGCUGAUGAUGAUUUUGUUAAAGUGGUCACGGGCAAAGCCAAUGCUCAGCAGCUGUUCAUGACGGGGAAACUCAAAGUUGGUGGAAAUAUUUUGCUGACCCAAAAACUUGGGGACUUAUUGAAGUCGCAGGCUAAACUUUGAACAGAGACAAAAAGGCAGUUCACCGCAUAAUUAUACAAAAUUGAAAAUUUUUCAUCUGUGAUUAUAUAUUCGGAAUAGCAGACCUGCAAAUUAGGGUCGCGUCAUCGGACAUUGUACGGCCAAAUUUUACCUUUUGUCCAAUUAAAGCUUUUCAUGACCCCAGACAUGUGACUGACUGAUUUAGCUGGUCAAAUAUCCUGAAUCGUGCUACAAUUUUAAAAAAAUAUGAAAAUUUUUACUUUGUCCAUUGUCCGAGAAAAUCUGAUAUAAAUGUCCAUUCAAUUUUUGUCUUGGCCGGACAUUUGUCGUUCCUAGCCAAAUAAUUAUUUGUAGGUCUGGAGUAGUCAGACUUUAAUAGUAUAAUGUUUAAAUAUAAUGUUCAAGACACAAAUCGGCAGAAUUAUAUAAUGUUAUAAUGAUUACUUGUUAAGGUUGAGCAAUACUGAGUAGAUCCAAAGUUAGACGAUCAUUCACAACUAUUUUAAAACCAUGAUCAAGACGACAGGCGUUUAACAAUGCCAGCGUGGAAAAUCAUGGAAAAUACAUAAUUAUUCUACUAAUUGAUAUAGGUGUGUUAGAUUUGAUUUUUUGGAAUUUUUUUCCCGAUUGCUUGAAUGUGAAAUUUUUCACGAAUUAAGGUCCAUACAGACCGAACGCGAUUCGACAACGCCACGCGAAUUUUCGGUUUUUAAAAACAAAUAAAACCGUCUGCAACGGAUAAAAAUUUUACAAGAUAUGUAGACCAAAUAGCUAAAAUUGCUUAAGUUCAGUGGUUCCGAAUAUUUGAAAAACAUAGAAAAAUAUUGAAGUAAAUUAUUGAAAAUUGAAAAUUCGCGUCGCGUUGCCAAAUUGCGUCCGGUCUGUAUGGACCUUAAAUUCCUUAAUCCGUAAAAAAUAAACUAAACAAAG